UAAAUGCCGCCGUGACGGUCGGCGGGAAGUUGAUUCACCGUUCCUCUUCGCACAAAAUAACACAAAGAUUCAUUCAUUCAUUGAAAAGUCAAAACUCCAUUCCACUCCCAAUCUCCGACCCAGUCUUCAUCCAACAUUCAUAAUAGAAAAAAAGCAAAAAAAGGACAAAUCUUCUCUCUCCGCGCAGACAUUUGCCAUAAAUCAAACACCCGAAAACCCAAUUUCAUCAAACCCAUCGGUUCUUUCCCUCUCCAAAUUUCUGAAAUUUCCCCUGUUUUUGACUAAGAAAUGGUCGGCCAUGGCAACCACAGGUUGAAACUCUCCAUCUUCCACCAACGAUCUUCCUCCGACUCCAAACCCCAACGCCCAAAAGACUGUCCCCAAGAAUACCUCUGCCCAAUUUCCAAGUCUUUAAUGGCCGACCCAGUUGUCGUCUCCUCUGGUCAAACCUUCGAGCGUCUCUCUGUUCAAGUUUGUCAAGACUUGGGGUUUUCCCCCAUGCUUGAAGAAGAUGACUCAAGGCCCGAUUUCUCCUCUGUUAUAAUCAACAGAAACAUAAGAUCCACCAUUCUCAAAUGGUGCGAUAACAACGGCAUCGAACAUCCCCAACCACCGCCUUACACUUCCAUUGAACUCAUUGUUCGUCAAUUAAUGCAGAAGGAGGAGCAGGAGAAUCGAUUCGAGGCUUCUGAUAGCGCGUUGAUUAGGAGGGUCGCUGAUAAACCGACGGGAGUUGCGGUUCAUGCGACCACCGAGGUUGGGUUGCGACACAACCGAUUUCAACUCAACUCGCCGGAGCAGACGGAGGAGACUACACGGGAGAGUACUCUCUUGCCUUUCAAAACACAACCAUCUAGUUAUGCUGCUAAUGCUUCUUCCUCUUCACAUGGAGGCUUCGAUAGAGAUUCCAAUCACGGAGGAUAUUCUGAUUCGGAUUCCCCAAAUUUAGAGGAAGAAUCUCGACUCAUUUUGAAAUUCAGAAGCAACGACGAAUUCGAGCAACGAGAAGGAGUGAUUUCCCUACGAAAAUUAACGAAAUCAAACGAAUCGAUCAGGGCUUCUUUAUGUACAAAAGAAUUCCUCGCCGCCUUACUUCCUCUGGUUUUAUCCCGAUCUCCAAAUGUCCAGAUCAACGCAGUAGCUUCCGUCGUGAAUCUCUCUCUCGAGAAAGCGAACAAAUUGAAGAUCGUACGCGCAGGAUUUGUUCCGCUAUUAAUCGACGUUUUAGACGGCGGAAACACCGAAUCUCAAGAACACGCUGCCGGCGCUUUGUUCAGUUUAUCGUUAGACGAUGAGAACAAAAUGGCGAUUGGAAUUCUCGGCGCGUUACCGGUGUUGAUGAACACGCUCCGAUCCGACAGUGAGAGAACUAGGAACGAUUCAGCUCUUUGUUUGUAUCAUUUGACUCUAAACCCCAGCAACCGAGUCAAACUGGUGAAACUUGGUGCCGUUCCAAUUCUGCUAUCGUUGACGAGAAUCGAAGGAUGUACGAGCCGAAUAGUACUGAUUCUAUGUAACAUCGCGGUGUCUGUGGACGGGAGAUCGGCGAUGCUGGAUGCGAAUGCGGUGGGUUGUUUGGUGGGGUUAUUGAAGGACAAGGCGAUGGAUUCCGAGUCGACUCGGGAGAAUUGUGUGGUGGCGCUUUACGCACUGAGUCAAGGAGGAUUCCGAUUCAGAGGAUUGGCGAAGGAGGCCGGCGCGGUGGAGGUUCUGAGAGAGGUUGAAGAAAGAGGAACCGAGCGGGCGAGGGAGAAGGCUAAGAGGAUUUUGCAGAUGAUGAGAACCGGCGGGAGCGGCUCGGUCGAGAUUGAAGGUGUCGUCCGACAUGGGCUCGAUACCAGUGGAGUCAGCUGGACCGGUCGGGUUGGUGCCGGCUUGAACCGGUACUCAACAAAUACAACUAAGUUUUGAUUUGGUCUUUUUUAUCCCUCUUUUUUCCAUGUGAAUUUUAUUUUUAGGACUCAGUUAUUUGUAUAGUUAUUUAUUGAUGUCCAAAGAAAAAACAUGUUUUACUAAAUUCAAUUUUUUAAAUUGUAUUAUAUUUGAUAACAAUUUUGUUUUAAUCUACUUAAUUGGGUUUGUUUUUUUUCA